AUGGAGUUCGAUUACAAUAACAACUAUCAGGCUACCAUUGGCAUGACACUAUUGAAGCUCUGUAUAGUAAGUGUUGUAGAUCUCCUGUUUGUUGAAGAGAGGUUGAGCAGACAAAAUAGUUACUCUGAUGUACGACGUAAGGAUCUCAAGUUUGAUGCAGGGGACAUGGUUUUUCUAAAAGUAGCACCUUUGAAAGGUGUUUUGAGAUUUGAGAAGAAGGGAAAGUUAAGUCCACAUUUUGUAAGGUCAUUUGAGAUACUGAAGCAAAUUGACCCCGUAGCUUAUCGUUUGGCGUUGCUUCUAUUAUUUUCUGCAGUUCAUGAUGUAUUCCAUGUCUCUAUGUUGAGGAAGUAUGUAGCAGACUCGACCCAUAUAGUUGACUUUGAACCAUCGCAAAUUAAUGAGAAUUUGAGUUAUGAGGAGCAACCCGUUGAGACUUUUGCAAGAGAGGCCAAGCUGCUCCAUAAUAAAGGAAUUGCAUUGGUUAAAGUUCUUUGGCAAAACCUCGAUGUGGAAGAGGCCACAUAG